ACACACAGCUGCACAUCACCAUCACACACUCACUUUCCCAUACACACACCAGACAGCGUCACGUCUUCAUCUCUGAGAGACAAACAUCAAAAAAGUGAAGAUGGGGAAAAUAAACGGAUGCCUAAAAUGUCUUUUUAUCUUCUUCAACGUGCUUUAUGCAGUAAGUAAAAACAAUUUUAUGACAAUUUGACAACUUUUUUCUACAGGAUGUUUUUUUCUGUCUAAAAAAGGUUUUUGUUGUUUUUAUCAGACAGAAAACACAAGUUUAUUUUCUUUAUGUAAAAAGAAAGAUAAAAAUUGGAUGCUGAAAUGCACCACAGAAAAAGUUAUGUAACUUUCCGUGUGGAAUAAUUGAAUAAAUGCAUCCAAAUUGAGCUUUAUUUAACAUAUAACAUUUUGUAAUGUGUUUAGGAGUAUAAAACCUGAGUAAAUAAGGUAAAUGAAGUUUAAAAGACCCAGAAAAUUACUUUAUUUAUGUUUAUUGAAGGAUGAGGAAAAAAUAGAAUUACUUCUUGUGUGGGACAAAAGGCUUUGAAUAAAACUAAAACUAACUCAAAAUAAGAAAAAAAAAGAAAAAGGACAUGAAAGAAAAAAGAGUUAAUUAUUUUAGGGGAAAGAACUAGAAGCUAAGGUGCAAAUAUUACUUUUUAAUCAUAAAAAAACAUGAAAAGGUGAUUUUUUUUUUUUUUUGCGUGUGUACGGAGAACAGUCACUUCCAGUAAAACAAAAGUGGCAGGAGAAGAAAAAAAAAAAAAAUCUGUGAAACAGAGAGAGGAGGCGUCAAGUUUCAUUCCAGCUACAGACCCCCCUUUUCUUCCCUCUAAUGAAGUUUCUUUCUGCUGCAGCUUCAAACUCUGAUGAAAAAAAAAAAAGAAAAAAAAUCCAAAAAGGCAGGGUCUGCGGGAGCUGGUUUCAAUUUGGGGGACAUUUAAGGUGAACGUUUACGGCAGGAAAAAAACUGCAUCACUCUGCAGUAAAAAUGCAGCAAAAUAAAGUGACUGCAGACAUUUAAAACAAGACAUGGAUGGAAAAAGAAAUUAAAAGUCAAUAAAAAGUUUUUUCCUGCGUAUUUUCAACCUUGUUUAAUCCUGACAACAAUUAAAUCUGGUUUCCUGUCUCUUUGAUUGACUUAUUUUUACACUUCCACAAGUAAAUCAAGUUUCAAAGUAUGCUUGCUGUGAAAACUUUUGAAAGAUUGGGCAAAUUUGAUAAAAUUACUAGACUUUAGAGAGAUUUAACUAAUUUAAAAACAUUGCAUGCAGACAUGAGGUCCGUCUGAUGCAAGAUCAUUUCCAGGUGGAGAUGUUCAGAGUGUUUGUGAGCAUUUGCAGCUGUAGCGAAUCACCAUUGUGAAGAUCAGGUGUUACGUAAAAGGGCUGGGAUAUUCAGUUUUUAGAUCUCUGCUGCCCUCUGGUGUCUACAUGCAGAAACUGCAGAGACAUGAUAAAAACCCCUGAACGCACCAGUAUCAAUCAAGUGAAAAUGUAUCAUUUCAGGUCACAUCCUGAUGUGUCCCAAUAUGCUUUAAAUAAAAACUAUUAUCUAUAAAAUAUUCUUUUUACUCAAUUUAAUAAUUUAAAGGUGCAGUGUGUAGAAUUUUGCACAAAUAGCAAAAGAGACUGUAGAAAUAGAAUAAAAUACUGUUUGAUAUGGUUAAAUUGGUGUUCACUUAAAUAUAUAAUUUUAUUUUUGAUGAUUUAGAAUGAGCAUUUUAUAUCUACAUAGGAAAGGUAACCUUCUAUGGAGGUGGCCAUCUUGCGCUACAGUAGCACAGGAUGCACAAAAUGGUGUUACACUUAGUUUUGUUUUUACUGAGAAACGCACCAACACGUACAGGCUCAAAGACGACGAAGAUUAAAACUAGAGUAGCUGUAGCUAUUCACAAAAAUGUUCAUACUGAUAUUUCUUUUUGAUGGUGAAAACUUGACAAAUGGAGGGUCGUACUUAUCGUGCGUCACAGGAGCUUCCUUGCUCUAAAUUCACCAAUAGAAAAGGUGAGAAAAGUAGCAUUUCUAGACUCUGACUGCUACAUAUUGCUAUUUUCACAAAUUGUCCUUUUAAAACUUUUCUACACCUAUGGUUUACCUUCAAGUUUUAUAAAUCUGAUAUAAACUGUCACUGUGUGUCAUCAGAUCCUGGGAGUUGUGCUGAUCGUUGGAUUGUUUAAAGUCAGCGGCGUCAACCAGCAGGUAAACAACAACAAUAAGAACAACAACAACAAUCUGAGUGUUGCUUCUGAAUGUUUAGAGGGAUUUUAAUGUUGAUGCAUUCGCUCGUAUUUUAGAAGGUCUCUUUUCAGUCUCUUAAGCCCCUCCUACCUAUAAUAGCAACCCCCGACCAGCUUAGCAUACAGCUGCAGCUAAUCAGACCAAUACUUACGGGCAGCUGCACCAGCGAAGUCAGCUGAGCACUAUUUUAGAGUGUGAAUGACCACAGACCUGUGGUUAAAACUAAAUCAAGCAGACAAGUCACGUGUCUUUUUCUCAUGGGAACAACAGUUUUACACAAACAGAACUUACAGUAAACAGAGAAAGCGACCAGACUGACACUCCUGACAAAGUGCCAAUGCUGGUGCAUUCACCAGGGAUCCCUGGAUGUCAGUCAGCAAUCAAAUAAAGGUCUGGAUAACUGCAAACCAUACACAGAUAUAACGUUUUUGCACUUGUUCAAUUAGAGUUUAACCCUCAGUAUAUGUAAAAAUAAACCCAGCAUUUGACAGAGACUCCUAUCUUUAAGUCAUGAUUUGAACUGGAGAUAGUCAAAGUAAUCAGUUGCAAAUAAUACAAAUGGUUUUUAUGUUAGUGGUCUAGUUUUCUUUCAUAGGUCACAAAGAGGCGUCAUUUUUAGUUUCUGUGUGUUUCAUCACAACUUAAAUAUGCUUCACAGGAGCUUUAUUAACUGACUUUUUAUUCUGGUGCCAACUGGGAUUGGUGACAACAGCUCGUCAAAUAAACUUGUACAUCUACUGGGUGGUUCAGCCCCUUUUUUUUUAAAUUCAGCCCAGUUUAUUUUUUGACAUUUGGAUCAAUCACAGCUGUCUGAAAAGAAAUGUGAACCUCUGGGACAAAUGCUGGAAUUUAUCGAGGCCAGAUAGAGAUUAGCCAGAGCACUCAGCAAAUUCUUUUUUGAGGGGAAAAUGAGGAAAUACAAACCUAUGUAUGUGCCGUCAUCUUCCAGGUUAAUUUCCCCAUUGGUUGAAAUCUAUGUUGGGUCAGUGGUCACUGCCAAAUUCUCAAUUAUGACAGCGAACCACAGAAUGUUCGUUGGCAGCCUGAGCACCACAUGUACUGCAACGUGACUCAGAGUAGAUCAGUUUCAGAUGUAAACAACCAUUAAAACAAUCAAGUGUAUGUUUGGGAAGGUUUACGGCGUCAUUUUCUAUUACUGUAAAUUACUCAAAGAUGUGCAUUUACCGCAAAAGAAGACUCUAACGGGCAGUAGUUACACACUCGUAAGUUUGGUCUUGGUUAUGUAAGAAAUUUCAGAUCCUCUGAGUGUUUCGUGAGGACUGAAAGAAAAAAAAGCAGCUGGUUUGCAUUCAAAAGAAUCAAAGCAGAUUUUUUUUCUCAGCCAUCCCACGCACAAUCCUGCAGUAUUACUGUAAUACCUGUUUGGAGAUGUUUGGAAGAUGUCGUGGUGAGGACUUGGGAUUGUUAUAAGGAUGCAAACAGCUGCCAGGAUGUAGUGGAGUCUCUGAUUUCUUUGUUAAUGCAGAACAGAUGUGGCUGAGCUAAGUUUUUCCACUCUCGCAAUCAACUCUCUUAGGAGAAAAAAACAGAACUGCUUUGAGUUGAUGAAACCCAAAGAUUACUUAGAAACGUGUCUCUCACGAUGAUUUAGUGUUAUAGAUCGUUGAUUUUUACUGAUCAAAUUAACUUUCUAUUUCUGUUGAACACUUUCGAAAACAAAUCAUUAGUUCUGGGAAACCAGAUCUGGCCUUUUGACAUCUUUUCUCAGAAAUAUGGGAACAUUUCCCUGCCAUGCACAAAUCAGACAACAACAGUAGCAGUGGCAGUUAAAUGUUCCUGCGUCGAAAGUGUGACGUGUAUGCGUAGAGUGGGGCAGGCUGCUUGCUGUUAACAACGGUGGCUGCGGCAUUUCAGAAUUAUCCCAAACUGGAGGGCGUUUUUUACAAGUUACUGUUUGAGGUUGAAACACAUUUCCCUUAUCACCAGAAAAUGAUUUUUGUUAAAUCAAGAUAAUAACAUAUUAAGUCGUUCCAUGGCCGCUCUUGUCUUCUGAAGAAACACCAAAGAUUGCAACUUUCUAACUUUUUGUUCUGUGUCAUGUCAUUGCUUUGGCAUGGUGGGUAGAUGGCGGCUAUGGGGUCCCCGAGCAUCGGUUGGCUGUGGGUGUUUUCCAUCGGCAUCCUUUGUAUCUCCUGUCUGGGAAUCUACGCCGCAGGCGCCGAGAAAGCCCUCGCCCUCAAGAUAGUACGUACAGAAGCCCACAUUACCCUGUUGAAAUACACUUCAUCAAAACUGAGCAAUCAUGCAACUCAACCAUUUACACAAAAUUUGUUAGAUGAUAAUUUCAGUGUUGCUCAUAAUGUUACGUGUUCAGUUUGCAGGUUUCAUGGUGGCUGGAAUGAUCAUCAUGCUGAUCUUUGGCAUCUUGGUUGUGGUCUCAAGAGACAAGGUUAUCAAUCCCAUCACUAAUCUGUUCAUCUAUCUUGAUGUUCAUUUUCAGCUCCUUUUCAGUUGUCCUCCCUUUCUGCAUGUUAAAGUCCAAAACAUACCUAUCUCGACUCCCAAGUUCUUGUUGCUCACCCUUAUGAGUAUCUUGAUCUUUGCAGAUUUCUUCAAACUUAGUCUAUCUUAGUCUAUCUAUGCCACAAUUGUUCUUGCUUUUAAUUGCUGUUUUUCUUUUUUCUUGUAUUUUUAUAUCUUGACACUUCUCAUUAUUGCUUCUGUGUAUAUACAGUAUAUCCUGUUUUCAGUAUUUGGAUAAGAGUCUUUUAAUCUUUAUACCAAUCUUCCUCUGACUGUCUGCUUAAAAGAUUUUCUGUAUUCUUCCAUUGGUGCUUAUCUUGAUGCUAUGCUGUGUAUCUUGACCUGACCUUUGUUAGUUCUGUAUCUUGACACUACUGACACUACUAUUAUGCCCACUCAGUUUUUGCUCUUGACGUUGCACUCACUGUGUGUUGACGCUACCUUUAUUAGGUGUCUCUCUCUAUCUUGAUGCUUUUAUUGCCCAAUGCUGUUUUGCAAUACUUCCAAUCUUGAGUUGUAAUUUUUACCUCAGUUUGCUGUCUUUCAAUAAUUUCACAUUUUUCAUGCUCAGUAUUCUGGCUUAAGCUUGCUUUGUAUCAUGACAACACCUUUUAAAACAUUUUUUUUAAUCUUGCAUUGCCUAUUAGUUUAUUUGACAGUUGUUUUUCUCAACUUGCAGUUAAGACAAGCCUUUGACAGCGCCACCACCGAAGUCGUUGAGCAUUACAUGGAAAACGAGGAUAUGCGACAGAUGAUUGAAGCGCUUCAGCUCUCUGUAAAGUGAACCACUACUUUUUAAAUAACUUGAGUGUGAAAAACCCAGGCUUAAUUUUUAAUAAUCUGAUCAGGUUGAAACUAAUUGGCAUUCAAUAAAAUCCCCUUACAGAGGAUUACAUUUUUUAGGUUGUUUUUUUUUGUACGGUUAGAUUGAUGUAAUAACCUUGUUAAUUUCAUAAUAUUCAUUUCUAUUUAUUUGAUGCUGCUUUUCAACAACUUGUAACUCGUGCUGCCUCCAUGUGGUUUCAGGGCAGGUGCUGUGGAGUGGUGAGUGCGGCAGACUGGGGUGAGGAUAUCCCCCAAUCCUGUGAAUGCACACCUUCAUAUGGAAGUUAUGCAUUUGGAUCAAGUGAAUGCAAAUCAAGACCCACAGUGAGUUAUGCAAAUUAAACCACAAGUUCAGUUUUUGUAUAACUUUGCAAAACUCUGACAUCAACUGGUCCAACUCUGGCAUCAAAAAACAGAUUUCAGAUUCAAGUACUUUCUAUGAACUAACUUAAGAUGUUCAGUGUGUCAGUUUCUCUUAAUAUCUGGUGGAAAAAGGUAAUAGACAGGGGUCACCUUUAAGUUAAAGUAAAGCUUUUUUGUUCUUUCAGGGGACCAAAGGACCAGAACAGAUCUUCAAGGAGGUAUUCAACCAACCAAACAACUUACCAACCAAACAACCGACCAACUGACAAAUGAGUCAACUAGCAUUUGAACAAGCCAAUAUAUGCCAACUGAGCAAUUGACCAAGCAAUUAACAUCCAAAACAACUAACCAACAACUUAAAUAACUUACUGACCGACCAAGACGACCAAUUACUGACUAAGAUAUCAACCAAUUUACCUACUAAACCAAUCAACUAAACCAAUAAAUGACAAACUAACUAAUUAGUGAAUGACCCAACCAACUACACAAAAAACUUACCAACAUAUCAAUCAACUUACUGACCAACAAAGCAACUCACAUUGACCAGCCAACCCCCAAACCAACCAACUAACUAAAUGACUCAAAACCAAUCAAGCCAGCAACCAAAUGACCUACCAAACAACCAAUAAACUAACUGACUAACAAGCCAAGCAACUAACCGACUGACCAACUGACUAACAUGUUAACCAACCAUUCAACCAAUGUAUCAACUACUUAUAACAGACCAACCAAUUAAACAACAAAUGAACCAAUCAUCCAACCAACAAGACAAGGGUCUGGUCAACCAACUAACAUACUAACUGGUCAACCAAUUGACCAACCCAUCAAUUAACUGACCAACCAACUGAAAAACCAACCAUUUGAUUAACCAAGCAACCAAUCAUUAACUGAACAACCAAUCAACAUAUCAACAUACCAACCAUCAAACCAACCACUGAACUAAAUGACUUACAACCAAGAAAGCAAGCAAGCAACCAAUUCACUCAUGGACUAACCAAGCAAGCAACUCACCAACCACACACCCAACCAAUCAAUGAUGUUUCCAAAUGAUGAUGUUUUUCUCUGUCUGUCUGAAGGGCUGCAGCGGCUACAUCUUUGGUUGGGCCAACCUCUUCUUUCAGAUUGCCAUGGCCUUUUUCUUUGGAUUUGCUGUGACUGCAGUAAGUUAUGGCUAUACUUACAACUCUUCAAAUAUAAAAAAAUUACCCAUCUACCCUUUUGAUAUCUUAUAGAUUCUGUACAAGUCUGUGAUUCUCAUACCAACCAACUGGCAUCCUAAAUUAAAUGGAGCAUUUAACAUAUUUGGUGAUACAUAGUUACAAAAUGGGAUUACCAUAAGAUAACAUUCUCUAGGAGAUGGACAGUUGUGGCAUGAAUAAGCUUGGACAACCAUAAAACUCCACUGGUCGGUCCACCAGUACAAUUCAUAAUCUGCUCUGGAGAAAAUGUAUCUUUCUACCAUAAGAAGUCUCUCAUAAUCCAUUCUGGUUUACAUUGAAUGGAUAAACUACCCCAGCUGAAGCCAACGAUUACAUUUUGUGAACCAAUUUGCCACUAACAGCUCUAUUUAGACGUGGUUGACCAUUUCUGCAUUGUGGAGUGGACAUGAUUUGUUUUCAAGCAAAGUGAAAAAUGUCAAUUUUUAAAGAUAUUUAGACUUGACCUGAUGUGACCAAGAUUUCUGUCUUAACUUAAACCUGUCUGUGUGUCUGCAGGUGCUCGGCCUGCUGGUCUCCCUCUUGAUGAUCCGUCAGAUCCAGCGCUAUGACGGCGCAGGAGGAUCGUCCAUUGCUAUGAAGGGCUAUUAAAGGAAACCCCUGACCCCUGAUGUUAACCCUUUGCACUGUAAAAGGAGGACUCAGUGGUCAAUACUGUAUAUGACCUCUUUCUCCACUUUUUUUCAUUUUAACUGCAUUGCAGCCCUGUGAUAAGGAAGGAAACAGAAUAGUAAUGAGGCAUUAAGCAGGACGAUUUCAAUAUUUCUUUUCAGCUUUCUAUUGUGGAAAAAGAUUACAAACGUUUAAUUCUAGGGAGUAGUUUUAUCUUUGUUGUGUCAUAAAAUUAAGUAUUAUAGUUAUUGCCUGGAACAAAGACGUAUUGUUGUAAGAAAAAGCAGUUUCUAAGCUCAUCUUGCCACAUCUGACUACAGCUCUAUUAACUCGAGGACAUCCAAACAUUCAACCAGGAUUUAAGGAGCAGCAGAUUAGAGGUCUUUUUUAUUUUAGUUUAAGCCUCAUUUGCAGCCUGACUUAUUGUAGUUGUUUUCAGAUAGCUUCUUUAAAUGAUUUUUGCAUCAAUUAUAACUUUGUAGUGAUGAAUUGGGAUCUAAAACCUCCAGAUUUGACUGCACUUAGAUGCCUAGAAACAUUUGAAAACCAGAUAUAGGAAAAACUCCUAAUGUAACCAUUUCUUUUUUUUUGUUCCUUAAGCUUUUAUCAAAGUCGUUGCAAGCUAAAGCUAUAACCUCCUCGGGUUAAAUGAGUGAGUCAGGGUAACAGUUAAGCUCCUUGUAUGAAAAAACUGUUCGACAAAACUGAAGUUGUGUGUGUCAAAGUAAAGCACCCAAGUUGUGUAAAAAGAAACACCUCACUGCACUUGUGUUUGAUUGAAGACAUUUUCCAUUUGGUUGAUAAACCAAUCCUGUGGUGAACUUUCCAAAAUUUUGCAACACUUGCAGAGUCGAGUCCAGAUAAUUCCCUUCAAAUGAAGUUGCUGAACUCCUAACUCACCAAAUGAUGCAACAAAGGCAGGGCCCCACUGCUUUGAUUUAUGACAAUGUAGGGAUACCUGUAAGUCGGGGAAGUACUUGUUUUUUAAUCUUGCCUUUGCUUAUACAACUGGUGAAGUGAUGGUGAAGUGACAUCGGAUCCAAUCAGUGUUCAUUUUGUUAACCGGAAAUUUGAAGAUAUUUGAAGUUCACUGUUUUUUGCCACCGUAACAGUGAAAAGCUAUCAAAGCUAACACUGGAUCCAGUGUGGGUGUCGUAAAACCACUAAAUAAAGCCUGUAAAGACUGUAGACUGCAUCAAACAUGGACGUCAUCCUUGAAAAUGAGUGAAGAAUAAAUAAGUAAAUAACUAACAGCUACUAGUUAUGGUAAAUUAAGCAAGAUUUUUAAACCAGAAACAACCAAAACAAGUGAGUCUGUAAAAUGUUCGCCCUCUGUGUGUAGAAGUAGAAAUAUGAACUUUUUAGACUACGAACUUUUCUUGAACCAGGUUGUAGUUUGUUUAACCAUGUUAUACCAAUGGGCAUUUUAAUAUGGGUGUCUAUGGGGAUUCCUUGGCUUUUGCUGAAGCCUCUAGUGGAAACUUGAGGAACUGCAGUUUCAGCACCUCAUUUUUUACCAUCAGAUUUAGGCACUUGGUCAGAACAAUGGAGAGUUUUUUCUCCAAUAUUGCCAAUGCAAUGAGGGAAAAACAUGGACCUAGUGAUUUGCCCAACAGCUUUCUUUUAAAAUUUUUGUGUUGAGUGAAGUCAGUUUUUUGUUUUAAAACACAAAAGAAAGACAGGAAAUAUCUUAGGUUUAUAAAGUUCUGUGCCAAUGCAAAACCAGUUACAUGCAAAACUUACCCAAGAGACCCACUUAGCUUGUCCUAUUUUAACACAGCACCAUAAACAAAGCUGCUGCAUUUGAUAAGAAGGUGGCAUGUACACGCUGCCGGCAGACAGUAAUCGCUGCAUUACCUGUGAAAAUAAAAAAGUAACAACUUCUUUAGAGGGAAAAAAAACACACAGAAAUGGUUUUAUUGUGAAAUCUGCACUUGUACAAUUCCAAAAUAAAUGUAGUAACCUUAAUUUCCCUUGUGUGUUCUUAUGUAAUCAGUAAUUCCUCACCUUUGGCAGGGUUUGAUCAAUUACAUAACAGGCUGAUGGAGGGGGAGAGGUCACAUAGAGGGAGACAGGAUUUAAAGGGCCAAAAACAGUCCUAAUAUAGACAGAAAAAAAUUACGUAAGACCCCAGCUAGAGCUCAAAUGUCAGCUUGUAUUGCAUGCAAUUUUUAAAAGUUAUAGUCCAUAAGAUAUGACGGAUGUCUAUUUAAUAAAAAGUACAAAAACAA